AGCGCUAGCGGGCACGCGGCUCCUUUGCAGCAGCCUCUAGAGUGUCGAGCGUUGGCCGGCUGCGGAGACGCCGCAGGCAGCGCCUCCGAAAGAACUGUGGUCGAUGUCAAUAGCACAGAGAAGAAUCGAGGAGAAUAUGAUUCACUGCCUAACCCCCAUUAAGGGGUUACAUAUUUUAAAUAAGACGUCAUUUCUUCUCUUCACUCCAGCCAUCUCCUCCUUCAAAGGCAUUUUUUUUCACCCUCUUGAAAUGACUUUGCUCUAAUCGUUCUUUUCACCUUAAAAAAAAUCAUCCCUCUAAGAAACGGCGAGAUGGAGACUAAGGGCGAAGUGGCAUUUAAAUGAAUCCCUUUGAAAAAAUUGGAAUCACGAAAGAUAUACGGGUUCUUCUUAAGAGAAAAAGAGGAAAUCUGUGUACUUUAUUGUCGGCUUCCAAAGAUUACUAACUCUUAUCUGUAUCAUUAAAAUUGAACUGCCUUGACUCUUCUGCUACUCUUAACUACUGCUUCCAUUAUUGCCUUCUUCAGCAAAAUCAGGCUUUCUGAAGCCAAAGAAUAACAAGAAAUAAACACCAUUUUAGAAGCCUUGCCACUAUGAAACUUAAGCAAAAUGUGCUCACCAUUAUUUUGCUGCCUAUCCACUUGUUAAUAACAAUAUACAGUGCCCUUGUAUUUAUUCCGUGGUAUUUUCUUACCAAUGCCAAGAAGAAAAACGCUAUGGCAAAGAGAGUAAAAGCUAAGCCCACCUCAGACAAACCUGGAAGUCCGUAUCGCUCUGUCACGCACUUCGACUCACUAGCUGUCAUAGACAUCCCUGGAGCAGACACCCUGGAUAAAUUAUUCGAUCAUGCCGUAUCCAAGUUUGGGAAGAAGGACAGCCUGGGGACCAGGGAAAUCCUAAGUGAAGAAAAUGAAAUGCAGCCAAAUGGAAAGGUUUUUAAGAAGUUAAUUCUUGGGAAUUAUAAAUGGAUGAACUAUCUCGAAGUGAACCGCAGAGUGAAUAACUUUGGUAGUGGACUUGCUGCAUUGGGACUGAAACCAAAGAGCACUAUUGCCAUUUUCUGUGAGACCAGGGCUGAAUGGAUGAUUGCAGCACAGACCUGCUUUAAGUACAACUUUCCUCUUGUGACUUUAUAUGCCACACUUGGCAAAGAAGCUGUAGUUCACGGGUUAAAUGAAUCUGAGGCUGCCUAUCUGAUUACUAGUGUUGAACUUCUGGAGAGUAAACUUAAGACUGCAUUGUUAGAUAUUAACUGUGUUAAACAUAUCAUUUAUGUGGAUAAUAAGACGAUCAAUAAGGCAGAAUACCCUGAAGGAUUUGAGAUUCACAGCAUGCAAUCAGUGGAAGAGUUGGGAUCCAAGGCAGAAAACUCAAGCGUUCCUCCAAAUAGACCAACUCCUUCAGACUUGGCUAUCGUCAUGUAUACCAGUGGUUCUACUGGCCGACCGAAGGGAGUGAUGAUGCAUCAUAGCAAUUUGAUAGCUGGAAUGACAGGCCAGUGUGAGAGAAUUCCUGGACUGGGACCAAAGGACACAUAUAUUGGCUACCUGCCUUUGGCUCAUGUACUAGAAUUGACAGCAGAGAUAUCUUGUUUUACCUAUGGUUGUAGGAUUGGAUAUUCUUCUCCACUUACUCUCUCUGACCAGUCCAGCAAAAUUAAAAAGGGAAGCAAAGGAGACUGUACUGUACUGAAGCCUUCGCUCAUGGCAGCUGUCCCGGAAAUCAUGGAUAGAAUUUAUAAGAAUGUUAUGAGCAAAGUCCAAGAGAUGAAUUAUAUCCAGAAAACUCUGUUCAAGAUAGGGUAUGAUUACAAAUUGGAACAGAUCAAAAAGGGAUAUGAUGCACCGCUUUGCAAUCUGAUACUGUUUAAAAAGGUGAAGGCUCUGCUAGGAGGGAAUGUCCGCAUGAUGCUGUCUGGUGGAGCACCCCUGUCUCCGCAGACACAACGAUUCAUGAAUGUCUGCUUCUGCUGCCCGGUUGGUCAGGGUUAUGGACUGACAGAAUCGUGUGGUGCUGGCACAGUUACUGAAGUUACUGACUAUACUACUGGCAGAGUUGGAGCCCCUCUUAUUUGCUGUGAAAUUAAGCUAAAAGAUUGGCAGGAAGGUGGUUAUACAGUUCACGACAAGCCAAACCCCAGAGGUGAAAUCGUAAUCGGUGGACAGAAUAUCUCCAUGGGAUAUUUUAAAAAUGAAGAGAAAACAGCUGAGGAUUAUUCUGUGGACGAAAAUGGCCAAAGGUGGUUUUGCACUGGUGAUAUUGGAGAAUUCCAUCCCGAUGGGUGUUUACAGAUUAUCGAUCGUAAGAAAGAUCUGGUGAAGUUACAAGCAGGGGAAUAUGUAUCUCUUGGGAAAGUAGAAGCUGCACUGAAGAACUGUCCACUUAUUGACAACAUCUGUGCUUUUGCCAAAAGUGACCAGUCCUAUGUGAUAAGUUUUGUGGUUCCUAAUCAGCAAAGGUUGACGCUUUUGGCACAGCAGAAAGGGGUGGAAGGCACUUGGGUUGAUAUCUGCAAUGACCCUGCCAUGGAAGCUGAAAUACUGAAAGAGAUCAGAGAAGCUGCAAAUACCAUGAAAUUGGAGCGAUUUGAAACUCCAAUCAAGGUUCGCUUAAGCCCAGAGCCCUGGACCCCUGAAACCGGUUUGGUCACUGAUGCUUUCAAACUGAAAAGGAAAGAACUGAAGAACCAUUACCUCAAAGACAUUGAGCGAAUGUAUGGGGGCAAAUAAAAUGCUGCUCUCUUAUUAAAGUUGUGCAGGAGGCGGCCUGGUGGUUUUUCAGUUCUGGAGUUUUCAGCCUUGUUGAGCUGCCUGUUAGAAUGUAAAGUGUAUCAUUCUAAAAACAUGGUAAUAAAAAAACAAAACCCAAAGUGAUUAAAAUAGUUGUCGAGUCUACUUUGACUUAGUUUUGCAUAGUUCUAGUGAAGCUGAAACUGAAAAGUUAUUUCCCUGUAGCUGUGUUAUUAAUUUUAGAGCAAAAUUUCUGUUUUUAAAAAUUAGCCUAAGAUAUACUUGUUUCCUUAAAGAAAAAAUAUUUAAUGUUGAACAAAAUAAGUUGGAGCUGGAGUAGAAUGUAGUUUGAGGAAAUUUGCAACUUCCAAUGUCUAUUGUCUUCCUAGUUCAGAAGAUGCUCAAAUAUUAAGCAUGACCAAAAAAUAUAUUAACACUACUCAAAGCAGAAGUGCUGCAGGGCUUUAAAAUUCUUUUCCAACCAUUUGUCUUGAAUCAUAAUAUAAUAUACAGAAUCAAAUAAUACCUUGGAAACCAUUUUAGCAUUCAUAAUUGUUGUGUAGGUUACGCAUAGAAUCAUUAUAAUAUUGUGAAUAAUUACAGUGCCUGAAGUAAGAAUAAAACAAUAUAAACACACCAAAAAAUAUCUAGUAAUAUAUUUAAAGGGAAAUUCAACUGCUUUUUUGAAACUUGGAGAUGUAAAAUCAGUAACUGUAAUUAUUUGAAUGACUUAAAAGUACAUCUUAAAAAAUGCUGAACAUUGCGUUUCUGUUUGUUCAAAAUAAGACAAGAGUUAAAAUAAUAGAGAGUUAAUCAAAUUUUAACAGGAAGCAUUUUCUCUGUUAGAAAAGGUGAUGAAAUCAUAAGUAUUUAGAAUUCCAACCCUUGCACAGCACUGAACCUGGGAGAGGAUUUAGACUUUGAACUUAUCUUUGAUAACAGGGAUUGAUUUUAAAGUGUAUUAAAUCACACUUGUAAUUUACAGUCUGUUUGCUAUUGCUGAUUUGAUUCUUGAUCAAUUAUUUGUAUUACCAAAAGCCUUUCAUUUUGCUUUAAUUUUAGCAAAAGCGGGUUAUGAUGAAUGACUUCCCUACUAUCUUGUUUUAAUCUAUGAAUGAUUAAUUAACUUGGAUGAGGUUUGGGAACUUAAAGGGAAGAACAUACUGUUACCACUUUUUUUCUGUUUGAGAAGAGUUCAGAAACUGGAAAUGCUGGAUUUGGGAGAAGGGAAGUUACUCACUAAGGGACUGAUACUUGGGCAGUAACUUGGUAUGUGGGCUUCUUUUUGAAUCUUUAAUUAAAAUCUGGGAUUAUAUAUCCCUGAUAGGUAUUCACACUUGAACCAUAGUUACUGUAAAAAAAAAAAAACAAAACAAAAAUUCUUAAUACUGUUAUUCUUUGCACUUUUUUCUUAAUCAUUUUAUAUAUAUAUAUAUAUAUAUAUAUAUAUAUAUAUAUAUACACCUAUAUAUAUAUGUUGCUUACAUUGCUUUGUACAGAUGUGGGCCACCACUGCAACAAAACACAUUCUGUUUGCUCUAGAAUAUUUAUAAAGAAAAUAUUUAAAUGUUAUGUAUAUGGUGGUAAAAGGAAAAAUCAUCUGGUGUUAUUAUAAGCAAGAAUGGAGGUUUUUGUAAAGAAUGUUCAGUGUUCUGCAAUGUAAAAUUUGAAGCAAGGUCUCCCUGAGUUAUGUGUAUGUGAGUAUUCUCAUUCUUCCCAACUUGCCUUCUAAGAGUGAAAAAUCAUUCUUACCAAGUAGACUACUAUUCAGCUUCCACUGUUCCUGGCCCACUGUUGAUCCUCUAAGGAUGAUGUUCAUAGACUUUUUCAGUAUGUGAGUCCCCUCCUUUUGGAAUGGUGAUUUUAAAUGUGUGAGUGCAUGCGUACUCAGAUAUUUGAACCCUCAACUGCUCCCAUCUCCCAAAAGCUAGAACACUGCCAACUAAUCUGUUGUAUGGGUCCUUUAGAAACGCAUAAUUAACACUUAAGGUUGGGUGCUGCUAAUUCUUUGCGAAAAUCCAAAUAUUGUUAAGGGACCAGGGAGAUGCCACUACCCCCUGAGUUUUCCUCAACAAAUAUACGUGUUUAUGUAAACAGAUCUUUCCAUAUUCAUAGUGACUUUUCAAGUAUUUGAGCAUAAAGAUUUUGAUCCUACAUUUUUAUACCUGUUUAAAUUGUUCACUGUUAUUAUUACAUGUCAGCCAUCAAAUAAAGUUGUACUUAAAAAUUUUCCUACAAUCAUGUACAUUUCUAAGUCGAACACUUGUGAUUUUUGCUUUAAUUACAUGAAAUUACCUUGCCUCCUUGAUAUUUGAUAUUCGUAUUGAUUUUUUUUUUCUGGAGUGGAGGUAUAAUUGUGUCACUUUUUGGAACUGAGAUACACAUGAAUGAUUCAAAAAGUCAGAAGUUAAGGAGAAUAAUGUUUCUUUGGUCAUAAAGACUGAUUAAUAAUCCUUGCCUAUAUUUUCCUGAUAGCAUGUGACAGAUGUUUCCGGAGUAACAAGAUGAGAACAGAUUAAAGAUUGUGUGGUAUUUGGGAUUUGGAGAGAAAUAUUUUCAAAUGUAGUUACAAAUUAGAAUGUAUUCAUAUUUCUACUUUCUGUUAAAAUGCACGAUUGCAGGAUUGUUACUUAGGUUUUCAUGUUUUCCUUGAUGAAAAGCUUCGUUUGUUCUGGUUUUUAAGUUUGCACUCGAAUCUUAAGAAAUAAAUCCACCCACGUUAUCAA